CAUUCGGCUGGCUGCGGGGUAAGAUGGCGGAGGGGGUGCUGAGCCCCGGGGUGAACCUGGAGGCCUUUUCCCAGGCCAUCGCCGCCAUCCAGGCGCUGCGCUCUAGCGUCACCCGGGUGUUUGACUGCCUGAAGGACGGGAUGCGGAACAAGGAGACGCUGGAGGGCCGCGAGAAGAGCUUCGUCGCCUGCUUCCAGGAGAGCCUGCACUCGGUCAGCCGGGACUUGAGUGAACUGGAACGUCUGAGCAAUCUAGUAGGCAAACCAUCUGAGAACCAUCCUCUCCAUAAUAGUGGAUUGUUGAGCCUAGAUCCUGUACAGGACAAAACUCCUCUCUACAGUCAACUACUUCAGGCCUAUAAAUGGUCAAACAAGUUGCAGUACCAUGCAGGGUUAGCGUCUGGCCUUUUGAAUCAACAGUCUUUGAAACGUUCUGCCAACCAGAUGGGAGUAUCUGCAAAACGGAGACCAAAAGCCCAACCUACAACUCUUGUUUUACCACCUCAGUAUGUUGAUGAUGUGAUCAGCCGCAUUGAUAGGAUGUUCCCUGAGAUGUCUAUCCAUUUAUCCAGGCCAAAUGGAACCUCUGCAAUGCUUCUGGUUACCUUAGGAAAAGUGCUAAAAGUGAUAGUGGUGAUGCGGAGUCUCUUCAUUGACCGGACAAUAGUAAAAGGAUAUAAUGAAAAUGUCUACACUGAAGAUGGCAAGGUUGACAUAUGGUCCAAAUCCAACUAUCAGGUUUUUCAGAAGGUGACAGAUCAUGCAACCACUGCUUUAUUGCAUUACCAGCUGCCCCAGAUGCCAGAUGUGGUGGUCAGAUCCUUCAUGACCUGGUUAAGAAGUUACAUAAAGCUGUUCCAGGCUCCAUGCCAGCGCUGUGGAAAGUUUUUGCAGGAUGGCCUUCCACCUACGUGGAGAGAUUUCCGAACGCUUGAGGCUUUUCAUGACACUUGCAGGCAGUAGUAGCAUGACCCAGUCCCUGGUCUUGCAAGAAGGAAAGCGAAUGGGACUUAUGGACAGAACAGGCCUUCAGAUGAGCUCUGAAGAAUGCUGAUGGUUCAUUAGUUGAUUCCCUUUCUGAACAUUAAUAUACACAUUCCCUCCUUUAGUAAAGUUUUCUUACUGAGUAGUAAAGCAGCACUAUGCAUUUGGCCAUUAAAAAAGAAGUCUCUGUCCAAGGUACUAAUGAGGCUUUUAUUUUAUUUUAUUUUAUUUUAUUUUUACUUCAAUUAAUGCACAAGGGAAAAGGUGGGGAAAAGUUACUGUUAUAGGCAGGUCAUACGUGGUCAUAUUGGGGUGUUUGUGCUGAAGUCAUUCUCUGGGAACUGUCAGUUGUAAUCAUGGUCAUGAAUAACUGAUAUUUUAAUGAGAAUAUCCAUGUACAAUGUACAUUUUGCUACAAAAUUCACAAUGGAGGCAAACUUAUUUUUGUGAACUAUAAAAAACU